AUGGGAAAUUGCAGUGGUUUUUGCAUGACUAGUAACUAGGAUGGGGAGACUCAACAAAAAAAGCUUACUACCGACAAGGUCAAGAGUGCUCUACAGGAGAAAGAUGAACUAUAUAACGACAGAUUCGCCUACGAGGAAGUGUACGGGAAUUAGAAUGGAAAUCAAAGCAGCAAGUCGCAACCAAGAAAGCUCAAUAAUAACAAUCAAUCUAGCAGCGAUAACAAAUAUUUCGAAGGUACAUCAAAUAAUUAAGAAUAAAAGUAUUAUUAAGAUAAAAACAAGAGCGGAGCACCCACAUUCGGGGAGGGAGCGAAUAAUAACAAUCAGGGAACUCAGAGCGAAUCAUUGCCUCCUCAGACUUUGGCUAAUGGAGCUAUUUACACAGGUAGUUGGUUAAACGGAAUGAAAGAUGGUUAUGGACAGUAGGUCUGGCCAGAUAGUUCAAAAUACGAGGGAGACUGGAAAAACGAUCAGGCCAAUGGAUAUGGAAAGCUGAUUCAUGCUGAUGGAGAUAUUUAUGAAGGCUAGUGGAAAAAUGAUAAAGCGCAUGGGCAUGGAAAUUACACUCACGCCAAUGGAGCAACUUACAAUGGCGAGUGGAAAGAUGAUAAACAACAUGGUAAAGGAACUGAAACCUGGCCAGAUGGAGCAAAGUACGAAGGUUAGUACUUUGAGGGCAAAAAACAUAACAAGGGUACAUUGACUUUUGCUGAUGGCUCAGUAUACUCUGGUGAUUUCGUGUAGAAUGAAAUCUCUGGUAAAGGUAGAUACGUAUGGCCUGACGGGAAAACCUAUGAAGGUCAAUGGGAGAAAAACAAGAUGCAUGGAUAUGGUGUCCUGAUAUGGAAAGAUGGUAAAAAAUAUGAAGGUUACUUUGUCAACGAUAAGCGUGAAGGGUAGGGUAAAUUCACAUGGAAAGAUGGUAGAGUUUAUGAUGGUCAGUGGAAAGACGGAAAGCAACACGGAAGAGGAAAAUUUAUAUCUAAGGACGGCUAGGAAAGACUAGGAGAGUGGGAAAACGGAAGGAAAAUCAAGUGGCUUAACUGA